CAAAUAAUCUGGACAUCUAAUAGUUUUUCUCAAGACCUGCAGUUAUGAACCAAUCGAGACGUCAAUUCAAACAGCUGAUAAAGAGGCGAUCGAGUCUUUUCGCUAGCGUUAAACUCAAUACCAGCUUCUCACAUAGCAUCGAGGGAGAGGACUGUGCUUUUCCUUUUUCACAGGACAGUUCUGUUAAACCAUGGACAUCAAUGGACAGACUCGACAGUCCAGCGAAUAAAGUAGAAGAUUUAAAAAAUACAAAUAAAGAAAAUAAAUGUAAUGAAACAAAGCCACUACACAGGCAUUCAGGAAUGCUAAGCCUUAAUGUAGGUGGAAAAUUGUUUCAUCUUUCCAAACAUUUAGCCAUUAAAUAUCCUCAAUCACGAAUCGGGGCUUUAGCUGUGUGUUCAGAUCCUGUAAAGCGUCUGACACUCUGCGAUGAUUACUGCGUGAUCAAAAAUGAAUUUUUCUUUGACCGAGACCCAACGUUCUUCCACUACAUCUUCCACCUUUACUACAGUAACAUGCUGUGGGUGAUGGAGAGCGUGUGUCCCAUUCACUUUGAGGAAGAAAUUGAGUUUUGGGGUUUAAACCUGAAUGACACGCCUUGCUGCUGUCGAAUCCUGUACGAGGAAAAAGUGGAUGAAAUUCGAGACCAGCUUAAGGUGAAUAAAGAACUGAUGGCUGAAAUUGAGCCUGUUCACAAUGAUGAAGGAUUUAAAACAAUGUUUCUGGGUGAUUUUCGUAAGACUCUUUGGGAUUUAAUGGAAAAUCCAUACUCAUCAGUGGGAGCAAAGUUUUUCGCUGUGUUGUCCACCACCUUUGUGCUCAUCUCAAUUGUGGCCAUGACUCUAAACACAGUGAGUGAACUGACAGAAUAUAAAAUUUAUGGAAGAACCUACAUGGAGUUUGUUGAAAUCAUGUCAAUUCUCUUCUUCACCACUGAGUAUUUCCUUCGUCUCUUGACCACCUGCAAUGUGAAGAAUUUCCUGAAAAGUGGCCUGAACUUUGUGGACUUGGUAGCGGUGAUGCCAUAUUUUAUCCAGCUGGUGUUUGAGAUGUUUUCUGAUCAGGAAGAUCUCAGUGUUCAAGACGACCUCAAAACAAUGGCACGAGUGAGCAAAGUCAGCAAAGUGCUAAAAAUUGUCAAAUUGAUGAGAAUUUUUCGCAUUCUAAAAUUAGCAAGACACUCAACAGGAAUGCGAGCUUUUGGUUUCACUCUGCGUCAGUGUUUCGAGCAGGUGUGCUGCUUAUUUUUAUUUAUUAUUAUGGGAAUCUUUGUUUUUUCGGCUCUAAUGUACUCGGUGGAACAGGACGUGACGGGAACUCCGUUCAGCAGCAUUCCAGAUACGUGGUGGUGGGCAGCAGUGAGCAUCUCCACAGUGGGUUACGGCGAUGUGAUUCCAGUUUCAUUUUCUGGUUGUGUUGUGGCAUUCGGCUGCAUUUCAUUCGGGAUUAUUUUAAAUGGAAUGCCAAUUUCUAUCCUCUUUAAUAAAUUUUCAGAUUAUUAUGCCAAACUCAAAGCACAGGAAUAUACCAACACUAAAGUCCAGCACAGUCUGCACCUCAGAAAACGCCUACAACGAAAGUUUGAGAAUUGUUUUAAUCCUCAAGACAUUGAAACAGACAGCGAAUUUCAACCUCAGAGAUGA